GGCGCACGGUUUAACGGUUAAUUUGCUCCCCAGAAGCAGAAAUCAGCGAACGACGGUCGUCACCGAAGAAAAGCGUACUGAAAAGCAUCGCAUCGCUGUGCCGCCUCCCAUUCUCCCCCCGCAUUGUAAGCGCUACGAGACAGUGUGUUAUUGUGUGCUAGUGAGUGUUGGUGUGCUGUGCAGUUUGCAUACACACAGAUACGGAUUUAAAUUAAAUACUUUGGCUUAAUUAAAUACUUCCGCGGCAUCCAUCGUCGUUGCUGUGUCGCUGUCGGCGUUGUCUACGGUUAUCGAUUCUCGUUGUCCCGCUCACACGCACGCACGUUUGUUCUUGUUUGUUGUGUCUCGCCGCAGUCAUCGUCGCCGUCGAAGUCUCAGCGUCGCGUUUUGUCAGUGUGUGUUUGUGUAUGUGUGAAAAAGGGCCGCCGCGGCAGAGCAAGCAACAAAAGAAGGAGACUGUGGAAAAUAGUAAAUAAACCAGGUGCCGCCGCUUGAGGACAGGUGCAAAGAGCAUAUCACAACAGCCAGCAAAGCUGGUUCCAAAAUCACAAGAAAACGGAAAAUUUAUCACGCAACUCAAAAGUGCAAUAAAAUUUGAAAGUGUUUUACACUGCGCUACAGGAAGCUGAAACGAAGCUGAGAAUAAACAAACAAGCAAGAUACAGCUACACUACCAACAGGAACAGCAACAACAACAACAACAAAAACAAAACCACAUUAGCAACAUUUAAAACAAACAGACAAACAAGAAACAUUAACAGAAAUUACCACACCAACAACACCAAAUAACAAACAACAAUCGCGCGCGUUUCACAAGCGUUUGUUUGUCUGAUCAAAAAAAAAAAAAUUAAAGAAAAAAAAAAGUAAAAGGUCUCACGUGGAGACAGAUAGACAGAGUUUUGAAGAGAAGAAGAAGGUCGCGUAGUCGCCAGAUCGUACCGAUCUAUUGUAUAACCCCCCCCUUUAUCGCACGCGAAGUCGAGGCUUAGGCCCCAUAAAAAUCGCCAAAAUUCUACACCAACAAGCUUUAAUCAGCCCCGAGAUUUCGCUCCAGUUCGCAACGGCGACCACAAUGCCCUACAACGGCGCCAGCAACGGAAGCGGAGGAGCCGUCGGCGGUGGCGGAGGGGCCACCAUAGUCGUCAGCGAGGGGCCCCAAAACAAAAAGAUCCGUACCGGUGUCCAACAGCCCGGCGAGAAUGAUGUGCACAUGCAUGCUAGGUCCACACAACAACAGAACCAGCAGCAAGCACUUAUGAACAAGUCAAAUGACGACCUACGGAGAAAGCGUCCCGAGACUACACGGCCAAAUCACAUUCUACUCUUCACCAUCAUAAAUCCCUUCUAUCCCAUCACAGUUGAUGUUUUGCACAAAAUCUGUCAUCCACAUGGCCAAGUGCUGCGCAUUGUCAUCUUCAAAAAGAAUGGAGUCCAGGCCAUGGUGGAGUUCGACAACCUCGAUGCGGCCACAAGGGCGCGCGAGAAUCUGAAUGGAGCCGAUAUCUAUGCCGGCUGCUGCACUUUGAAAAUUGAUUAUGCCAAGCCAGAGAAAUUGAAUGUGUAUAAGAACGAGCCCGAUACCAGCUGGGACUAUACGCUGAGCACAGGUGAGAUUCUACCAAUUAAGGAUAUCGGAAAUGGUCGCUCGCCAUUACUGCAGGAGCCUCUAUACGGUACACGACCUCAGCCCUACAGUAAGUCGCUGUUUUCUAUACCCGAAAAUGUUGUUAUGCUUGAGAGCCAGCCACCGCUAUUGGGACCAGGCGCCGCCUUCCCGACAUUCGGAGCCCCCGAAUAUCAUCCCACCACACCGGACAACUGGAAGGGAGCCUCCAUCCAUCCCACUGGACUCAUGAAGGAGCCCACCGGCGUGGUGCCCGGACGCAAUGCUCCCGUCGCCUUCACACCUCAGGGACAGGCACAGGGCGCUGUCAUGAUGGUCUAUGGCCUGGACCAUGACACUUCCAACACGGACAAGCUCUUCAAUUUGGUGUGCCUGUAUGGCAACGUGGCCCGGAUCAAGUUCUUAAAGACCAAAGAGGGCACCGCCAUGGUCCAAAUGGGCGAUUCAGUGGCCGUUGAGCGUUGCGUACAGCACUUGAAUAACAUUCCCGUUGGCACUGGCGGUAAAAUACAGAUUGCUUUCUCCAAGCAGAACUUCCUAUCCGAGGUGAUCAAUCCAUUCUUGCUGCCGGAUCACACACCCAGCUUCAAGGAGUACACUGGCUCCAAAAACAAUCGUUUCCUAUCGCCGGCCCAGGCCAGCAAGAAUCGCAUUCAACCACCGAGCAAGAUUUUGCACUUCUUCAACACACCGCCCGGUCUGACCGAGGACCAGUUGAUUGGAAUCUUCAACAUCAAGGAUGUGCCCGCCACAUCGGUGCGUCUAUUCCCCUUGAAGACCGAGCGCUCGUCGUCGGGCCUGAUCGAGUUCCCCAACAUCUCGCAGGCUGUCCUGGCCAUCAUGAAGUGCAACCAUCUGCCUAUUGAGGGUAAAGGCACCAAAUUCCCAUUCAUCAUGAAGCUGUGCUUCUCCUCCUCAAAGAGCAUGAACGGAGCCUGGAACAAUGCGACCAACGAGGGCAUGAUUGAGAAGGAGAAUGAGGUCGACUCCAAGGUGGAUAUCUACAAUUGAGAUUUGAUAACAAUUGUGUAAGCGGGGCCAACAACAACGGGCCCAUCCAGAACCCACUACACAACAACCAACAAGCAGAGGGCAUAAGACAACUAAACCUACAAAACUACAAAAAGAACAUUCAGAGGGCGUAUGCAUACAUGCGACAACACAGCCACAGAAAGGGGAAAAUGCUUGUGCAUUGAUUAUAAACUCAACUCAGAACCACUUCAAACAAUUACUAGAAAAAUCCAACCAGAAGCACACAGGGCGCAAACGCAUGUACUUUUUUACGAGCCACUUACAUAGACAAAACUGGACUCAUCUUCAAUGAUUCAGACACCCUCUAUCUUUCGGCCUAUGUAUGGUAGGGACUCGUUCAAAAGCAACACACACUAUGCACACUAUAUAGAAUAUUACAAAAACAUUACAUGCGUUUGCGUGGCGACUGGAAAAAUAAAUGAAAAUGCUAAAGAGCUACAAAAAAUGGAAGACAACUUUCUCACACACCAAACGCAAGCCAGAAAGCACACUAACCAUUUUUUGUAUUGCUUCCUGUUUCUCACACUUAAAUCCACUUUAUCAAUUGUAAAAUAUGUAACGUUUAAUUGGUAAAAAAAAUUAAAAAACGAAACAACAUAAACCAGAAUAAACCAAAAAUAAUAAAAUGAAUGUUAAAAUAAGCUGAUCCCCUGCCCCCGCGAUCCCAUGAUCCCUCUCAUAAACCUCCUAUCCCACAGGCAGAUAUCUGUUUAGUUAAUUAUAUGAUUUGGAAACGGAUACGGAUAUAUAUGCAACAAACAAGAAACAUUUCUUUGGACAAUAUUUCGAAAAGUAUUCGGGCGUGAGAAAAAGUCUUAACAAAACUAUUUAUUGAGAGCAAAAUAAAUGUGUAAAUUUAAACCAAAAAUUUAGCAAUUUUAAAUGAAAUUUAUUAAUUUUAGUUAUGAGAAAGGCAAACACUGUGGACUGCUGCAGCCGCAAAUGCAGUUCAUUUUAAAUUUUUACUUUAGCAAAAAGAAUUAAAAAAGAAAAGAAAAUCACAGAGAGGGAAGAAGAAAAACUUGCACAAGCCAAUGUUUUUACUAUUAACAAAACAAGAAAAGACAAGACGAUAAACAUAAUUUUUGUGCUUAAUUUACAAAGUUGAAAAAGGCAUAAAUUUAUGUGUACGAGCUGUAUUUGUAUUUACAUUAAAAUUAAUAUUAAUUUUACACUAAAUGUAAAAAGUGAAAUAACUAAAAACAAAACAAAAAAAAAACAAACAAAAGCAAAAAUAUUAAACCUACCAGAAAUUAAGUUAAGUGCAAGUGGGGAGACAUGCCAAUCGCAGACAUAAAGCAAAAAUCCACAUAUUUUUGAGGCGUUUUAAAGUAAGAGAAGAGAGAGCCAAACAUUUCAAAACUCCAAGUAAAGUUAGCAAAAGCAGAGCGACGACGACGAGAGAAGGAUUAGGGCGUAUUGCAAAUGCGGAUAAUGGUAAUAAAAACAACAUAAAAGAAAAGAAUUAAUUAACGAUAUCAGCAAUAAAGCAACAGCAACAACACCAUAUCAAAGGCGUAUGUUAGAUUAUCUAUAACGACAUAACUAAACAUAAACCAGAAAUGCUAAGUAGUAGUGUUAUGUAUAUCUAAUUGGUUCACCUUCGUUUAUCAUUUUACGUUCAAACCCGAACAGGCGGCAGCCUGAGAACCAGAGAGUCUCAGCUGGUAGCGCCUGUCUGUACAUUAUACAGGGCGUUGUUCCAUAUAUCCUAAAUUCAAAUCAACGAAUCCUUACACUAUGCUACGGCCGCGAAUCGAAUUUCUUCACAACACUUCCCACACACUUCACCACCCACAUUCACCGCUUGACGGAAUCAUUUGCUUCCAUACAGAUCGUACUUCAUCCAUCAUCAAUCAACAAUCAAACUAUGUGCAAUUUGGGCUUUAAACGAGACUUUAUUUCCUUCUAUUUAUUUAUUGCAACUCCCUCUCAUUUCGAAAUCUAGUUCGUGUAAUUAUUUCAAGUGUCUUUACAGUCUUAGUUAUUAUGUAAAUUGUUUUUUAAUCAUUAAUUGUACAAUAUUUUUGUAAAGAUUAAGUAUUAUUGUACUUAAUUUAAAUUACGAACAUGAUUUAUUGACAGGCUUGAAUUAGCCGAAACAAAAAUAAAAACAAAACAAUAAAAAGGGAGAAAAAAUUGCAAACAAAAA